UUAGUCUGCUACAAGUUUUCAAGAACUUAACGACCAUUUAAAUAAAUUUCAGAAUAACAUUCGCCCAAAUACCGGUGGCUUUGUUAUUAAAGAUUAAUAGAUUUUAUACGUCUUCAAUUUCAAAGUGUAAAAAAUAAUAAAACUCCCACAAAAAUGGCUCAAAUGGUGCAAAUGACUACUGAACAAUUACAACAACUUAUCGAAUCGGUACGUGCUUCUGCUGCAGCUGGUACCGUAGUAGCUGAAACUAAGUCCAAAGGAAGUUUUAGUAAUUGUUCAUCCCGUUUUGGUGGACAACGUGAUCAUGAAGCUGUUGAGGAAUUUAUUACCUCAAUAGUGACCUAUAAAGAAGUCGAAUCGAUUAGUGAUGAAGAUGCCUUAAAGGGUGUUUCGUUGCUGUUCUAUGGUUUGGCCUCAACCUGGUGGCAGGGUGUGCGUAAGGAAGCUAAAACUUGGAAUGAUGUUUUGGCUUUGAUACGUGAUCAUUUCUCGCCCACUAAACCGGCCUAUCAAAUCUAUGUGGAUAUUUUCGAUAAGAAACAAGAUGAUAAAACCGCCAUCGAUACUUUUGUGUGCCAGAAGAGAGCCCUAUUGGCCCAAUUGCCCGAUGGUAGACAUGAUGAAGAAACCGAAAUUGAUUUUGUCUAUGGUUUGCUCAACAUCAAAUAUCGUAAACAUAUUGCUCGUCAAGACUUUAAAACAUUCCGUGAAUUGUUGGAAAAGGGUCGUGUUAUCGAGCAUAAUAUGAUGGAAGAUGAGGCCAAUCAACAGGGUCCUGUUAAGGGUGCCAAGGGCACUAAGAGAUGUACUUACUGCAAUUUCCGUGGUCACACUUAUGAUCAAUGUCGCAAACGUAAAAAUGCCGAUAAUGAAGAUGAAUAAAGUCUUUUGAGUACUUUUUUGACUUUA